GGAGGACAUUGUUUUCCUGAAAUGUGCAUCAACAUCAUCAGUUCUACCUUGUGACAUUCACAAUUUCUGCUUCGAAUUGAGCGACACCCGCACGACAUCGGACACGAAUUCUCGCUGCACGUGAGCCUUCACGUGGUGUGUUUUCCGCCAUGGCUGCAUUUUCGCAUCCAUUGUCCUCGCCUUCAAAAGAUGUUCUGCAGCCACGAAUUGGGGCGUCUUCGUUUGCUGUUUCUUCUUUUGCGUCACUGCAAGAUGUUGAGAACAAACCCGCUUCGAGCAGAAUUUGGAGACCGUGCGCAUUGGUCGACUUGAUGGCGCUGGGCCUCCUGCGAAGACAUUCACGUUGUCGCAGAUCACCGUCAAAACGUUGGCCGAAAAGGACUGCGGUCGUGAGGCGUGGAGCCGAGUACGGCCAGGAAUUUGUUGGAGAAGAGGUGGAUCAAGAUUUAGCAGAGUCUUUGCAGCAACGAACCCUUGAAGCUUUGGACCUGGAUUUUGUUCUUGAGCGUUUGCAAGCUUUGUGCUACACAGCAACGGCUGCAGAAAUGGCAAUCGAUCCAGAAGUUCUGUUAGCGCAAACUCCGGAAGAAGCUCGUGCAUUGUAUGCUUUGGUCGUGGAACUUACACAAUUGGAAGAUGCAGAUUUGGAUUUGGACGCCAAAUUGGACAUCAGGACCGAGGUGGAUCAAUGCAGACACGGGCGCGUGCUGGAACCACCCCAGCUGCAGAAGGUGUCCGAUUCCAUUGAGGCCUUGCUUCGCUUACGAAAUGGUUUGGAUGGAGCAAGUGCGAGAGGUGUCAACAUUCCGCUACUCAUGGGCCAUUGCCAAGACAUUGAGCUGCCAGAUAGGUUGCUGGACAUCAUGCUUGAGGCGUUCCAAGAGGAUGGAGAGCUCUCUUUGAAGAAAUUCCCAGAACUGGGUCAGCUCAGGGAGAGAAUCAGGGAAUUGGAAGAGACCUGCUCCAAAGUGAUGGGGGAGGUUCUCUCCAGCGGCAAGUACUCAACGUAUCUUUCUGAUGAUGGGUACAUGCAGUUUGGAGGGCGCUAUGUGUUGGGCGUCAAGUCGCGCUCCAAGGGCAAGGUUGGCAGACUGUUUGAUGAGUCCCGAAGUGGUCGUGUUGCCUACGUGGAACCUUAUGAAGUGGUGCAGUACGCAGAUGAUCUUGAGCAAUCAAAGAAGGCCUUGGAGAGGAUGGCUCGUCGAAUCCUGGGGAACAUGUCGCUCGCCAUCAGCCAUGCCGCAGAUGCUUUGGAAAGAUGUUUGAAAGCCGCAGCUCAUAUCGACCUGGCACGUGCUCGCUUGUUCUUGGGUGAGGAUAUGGAGGGUGAGGUGCCCACAGUGGGAGAUGAUGGGAUCAUUGCAGUGCGACACGCUCGGAAUCCCUGCCUGGUCCUUCGUGGGGGGAAAAAGGUGGUUGGCUAUCGACUUGAGCUCGGCAAAUCCAGCCAAUGCCUUCUUCUCACCGGUCCGAACGCUGGUGGAAAGACGGUCGUCCUGAAAACCCUGGGACUCCUCGCGCUGUUGGCUCGGUGUGGGAUCCCAAUUCCAGGAGGAGAAGCACCAAGAGUGGACUUUUUCGAGGUGGUUCUGGCAGAUGUGGGUGAUAUGCAGACGAUCGUGGAUGAUUUGUCAACAUACUCAGCUCAUUUGGUAGCGUCAAGGUUGAUGCUCAGCAUAGCCCAGGGAGUGGGGCCGCGAGCUCUUGUGAUGGUCGAUGAGGCUGGGACAGGCACCGAUCCGCAGCAAGGGGCAGCUCUUGCACGCGCGAUGCUGGAGGGCUUUCUUGACAUGGGCGCGAGAGUGGUGACGACGACGCACAGCAAUCAGCUGAAAGACUGGGCCGUGGAGGAUGAGCGAACCAUGACGGCAGCCAUGGAGUACAAGAUGGGACGUCCCACAUAUCGCCUGACGACCAACGCUGUGGGCGAGUCCCACGCCAUUGAGACGGCUCAACGGCUUGGGCUUCCACCGUCCAUCGUGAAACGAGCUGAAGAACUGCUCGGUGAUGACCAGAGGCGGCUCUUAGCCCUGCAGCGCCAGGCAUCCGCUGCAGAACAGGACUUCAUCGCGGCCAAGCUCGAAGCCGACCAGCGGGAGGCAGCUGCACAGCAGGCCAUUCUGGAGACGCAGUCGAAGGAAAGCGAUCUGGCGCAUCGCGCACAGCAGCUCACGCAGAUGGAGGUGGAGGUCAAAGAAAGAAUGAAUGCUUUGAAGAGGCAGACGGAUGCGGAGCUCAAGGCCCGUGUGGAAGUGAAGGAAAGGCAGUUCCAGGAUGUGGUGCGACGCUUGAAGAUGGAGGCACAGCACAGUGGCGUCCAGCUGAGGAUUGUGGGAGAUGCCCUGGAGGCUGUGAUCGGCCGACUCGGCACGGCCCACCGAACCGUACGCCAGGACCUUCGCGUCCAAGUCACUGCGCCCAAGGCGAGCUCGAGCGACGUGCCUGCCAUUCCUGGAGCGAUGGGCUUGAGGGAUCCCUUGAAUCGUGGUGAUUGGGUGGUGGUGAUGGCAGACCCUCCAUGGUAUGGUCUCAAGGGUCAAGUUGAGCGCAUCGAGUUGGCCAAAGAUGGAGGAGCACCCUGCAUCCACGUGCGUCUUGGAGCGAAUGGUAAGCUGAAGGAGUUCUCGAAGACACAGCUCAAGAGGACUCAAGCACCGCCCCAAGCUGCCCGGACCCUGAAAAAGCCCAAGAACGAGGUGGCUGCACCCACGCGGAACUAUAGCAACUCGUCGGUGGGGUGGAUUCAUGUCUUCAGCACGAAGACCACGUGGUCGGCGGCUGGUGGGUAGCCGGUGGCCAUGAUGUCUCGUGUGUGUUUUCGCUUUGGAUGAGGUAGCAUGAUGUUCUGAUACCGCCCACCGCCCUUGCGCGAAGAAGAAUGGCAAGUGCUGAAGUCUGAAUGGCAAGUGCCUGAAAGAUAGAGAGAGAGAGAGAGUCAUGCAGCCAGGCCUUACGGGGCUGAUUGAUUGCUGGCCACACAGUAGAUUGUCAGCAGGAUUUUCUGCGGCUGCAGCAGCAGCACGCACAGAGUUUUAGAUUCCGGAUUCCAUAUGUAGUCGGUGUCGCGUGGUUCUCAGCUGUUCCCAAUGGUUGUGACACAAGACGUGCAAAUGUCCAGACGUGCAUCGGCUAAGCCGAGCAACUUUAUGGAGGAGGCUCCAAAAAGGCAUUUCAAAAGGGUAGCAGUGCCGCAAACCAUAGGGGGAAGAAAUCGCCCAAUCAAGUUGUUUGAUGUUGUUUGUGAAUGUUUGUGAAACUUUUGAUUGAGAUAUAAGCCGCCUUGUGCAGAAUUUUUGCUGAAGGACAAUCCACUUGAUAGCUUCC